UGGGAGGAUCGUACCAACCAGAAACGACUGGCAUCAACAGUGCUAUCCGAGCUCUAGAAGCCCUGGGUUCGAGAUCAGUUUCGAGUGAGUAUUUUUUCGAGAAGAAGAAGGAUGAAGGCUCAUAUUGUCAUCGCGAUAUGCACUGCCUGCGUGUUUCUGGGUCAAUCCGGAGUGAAUGCAUUGGAGUGCUAUGUUUGCAACAGCCACGAGGACACCCGGUGUGCGAGACCAGUGCCUCCUGAUGAAUUAUUAAGAAGCUGUGAUAAUCUUGGACCUGGAGGAACCAAAUACACCAUGUGCCGGAAAACCGUGCAGUCAAUCGAAUUUGGAGUCAAUGGGCUUGUACCAGAGACUCGAGUAAUUCGAACCUGCGGUUAUGACGAGUCAAAUUAUAAAGGUCGUUGUUAUCAGCGCGGUGGUUUUGGUGGACGACAAGAAGUUUGCUCAUGCCUCACUGACAAGUGCAAUGGAGCAACAACGAUUAUGAAUAAAUCAGCGCACUUCAUCCUAAUGUUCCUCUGUGUUGUCGCAACAGCCUACCGUAGCUUUGUCGGUAAUUAAAUGCACUAGAUUACAGAGAAACAAUUGCAGAUUAAAAAACCGUUGAAAAAUUUAAGAUUUAAAAAUGAGUGAGGAGCAUCGUGAGAGCUGAGUGAUAUGGAUAUGGAUGAUAAUUCAUCUGAUGUUGAUAUUGCCAUUUGAAGAGAAUCAAAAAAUAAUAUUGACGUUGUUUAUUGCGUUGUUGAUCGAUGCGAUGCAUCUCCUCAUUCACCAAUACCAAAAAACAGUCAUUUUCUCCUUUUUUUAGUAACGAAAAAGUUAUAAUUAAUUCUAAAAAAAUAUUGCAAAUAAUGUGAGAGUGAGUAGAGGAGAAUGAGAACUCAUUUUGUGCACAAAACUUCAAUUAUUUGGAAAACUGAAUUCCGAUUUCUUGACGAUUUCAAAGGGAAAUUUCCAAUGGUCCUAACAAUCGAUAUGUCCAGAAUCAAUUAGAAAAAUAAUCAACUAUCGACUUCUCAUUCCACUUGAAUUAAUUGUACCCUCAAUUCAAUUACUGUGAAUUGAGAUGAAGAGAAUUGCACAAUUCUGCAUGGAUGAAAAGAGAAUUGAUCGUAAUCACCGCUAAUGCAGUUCUAAGAUUGUGAGAAUAACUUAUUGAAUAUAUAAUAUUAAGUUAAUGAUUAAUUAAUUCAUUGAAACGGGCCAAUUCUCGUGUGUGGGAUGUUAUUUGCAUCGCCAUUCGCCUCGUCUAUUUCCUCACACUGCCUUGGAAAGCGAUCCCUUACGAAUACAAUUCUCCAAUCUUUGCACUGGAAUAUAUAUCCGAAAAAAUGACCAAUUCACACCAGUAAUGAUCGAGAAGUGGCUGUACUUUUUUUACUAUUGAUUUUUUGCCUCAAUUUCUCAAUCUAUCACUGAUGUGAAUCGAUGAGGAUUUUUCAGUGCAACGGAAUGGCGAAAGUGUCUUCACAGGAAUUGCCAAUCUGCUCGGCACUGUUCACUAUUUUAUUCCACGAAACAAUGAAGCGUAAAUUUAAAAUUUCAAGGAAAACGAAUCGUUCUGUGUGUAGACUUUGAAUUAAAUCAAAUACAAUGAUUAUUUAAUUGAACUGGAGUAUGUUAUAAAACUGAUAAAAAUAAAAAAAAAGGUUGGGUAAAAUUAGAAA